CGCGAUAUUUCCAAAUGUUGACUCCGGAGGUUGCACAACUUAUUUGUACAAAUACUGAAUAAGAAAAACAUUUUCUUUCCAAAUUUUUACUAAUGGCAGCAGCUCUUAAAUACCUGUAUGCAUGUUUUAAGUAGUUGCAUAAAGAAUAAGAACGCAACUCGUUUCGCUGAAAGCUUGUAUUUCCUGGUUUGGAUGUAUAUGUUCUGUCAAAAUGCCCGAAGGACCCGAGCUCCAUUUGGCCAGCCUGUAUGUGAACAAGAUGUGCGACGGAGUGGUGUUCUCCGGACCGGUCAUAAAAUCUGACGUCAGCAAAAAUCCUGAWGUGCCCUUCACCUGUGAGGCGUAUCGCAUCACAGCCACUUCCAGAGGGAAGGAAGUCAAGCUGACGCUGACGCCCGUCAAGAGCGAUGACGCUCCGGCAGGACAAGCGUCUCAACCCACGGACGUAGUCUUUCGCUUUGGCAUGUCGGGUUAUUUCCGCUUCACCCCAGAGGAUGAGCUGCCCAAGCACGCUCAUCUGCGAUUUUAUACCCAGGAGAAACCCCGCAGAGUGCUGAGCUUUGUGGACACACGCAGGUUUGGCAGCUGGGAGCCCAGUGGAAACUGGCAGCCUGACAGAGGGCCCUGUGUCAUGUUUGAGUAUCAAAGCUUUAGAGAGAACAUCUUGUCACACCUGAGCGAUCGAGCUUUUGACCGACCGAUUUGUGAAGUCCUGCUGAAUCAAAAGUACUUCAACGGUAUCGGGAACUACCUGAGAGCUGAAAUCCUCUACAGGUCAAGUAUUCCACCCUUUGUGUGUGCCCGUGGUGUACUGGAAGGCCUUGACGCCCAUGACUCAUGUGAGAAGCCAUUGAAGAAAGAGUUCACAAAGAAAACGAAAACAAAAGAUGUGAAACAGGAGGCCGGUGACCUGCUCAGGCUUUGUCACACUGUACCUCUAGAAGUGGUCAACUUAGGUGGUAAAGGUUAUGACCCAGAGAAGGCAGACUACUCCAGCUUUCAGGCAUGGCUGCAGUGUUAUUAUGUGGAUGGAAUGAAAACUCUCCGGGACCACAAUGGCAGAACAGUGUGGUUUAAAGGAGAUCCAGGCCCCAUGGCUCCCAAAGGUUCAAAGUCAUCCAAGGCUAAAAAGAGAGUAAAGAAAGAGGAUGAUGGUGACUACACAGGCAAGAAGGCGGUCAUAAGUCAUUCUGAAAGCACAACAAAGAAAAGGGUAGUCAAAAAGGAAACGCCGCCAAAAAAAGAAAAGAGCGUACCCCUGAAGGAAGUCAUAUCAAAGACAGGAAAGUCUGAAAAGACCCAGGAAGUAAUACCACCGAGUGAAACAAGAGCAAGUUCACGUAAGAGGAAGAGCAGUGGUGCAGAACAAAAUGCAGGUCAGAGACGAAGUGGGAGAGCGACCAGAAAGAACAGCAAAUAAAAACAAAAAAGGAGGCAUCACUCUAUAAAUGCUUUUAUACCUUGAAUUAUUUUUUAAUAAAGUACCUAUUUUAAUUACAAAA